AUGGGCUUUGAUAAAGAAUCAAUACUUGCUGGAUUAUUAUAUGAUAUAGAAUUUUGUCCUUAUUCAAUUAGUAUAGCCAAUAAACUAUCUGUUAUAGUCUUUAGUUUAGGUAUUUCUAUGAAAGAAGAAAUAGAUAAAAAAACUUUAAAAGAUCUUUACAAUUCAGGAUUCUUAAAUCCAUAUAGUUUAAAUACACAAAAUUCUGUGCAGACUUUUUGGGAUAGUUUUGCAGAUAGUUUGGAUUUUAACUACAAAGAAUUACAAAAUAAACUCGCGAUUUCACUAACAACAAUCAAUAUGGCUAAAAAAUAUGCUAUUCUUAAUGGUCCAGGAGGUCAACAAAUUAACAAACCAAAAAUAAUAAGUAAUUCACCUCUCACUAAAGAAAUAGAAUAUCAAUUUUAA